CCAGCCAAUGGGGAGCGGCCCAGGAGGCGGACCAGGCCGCUGCCAGGGUUGGGUGCGCCGCUGAACGGAUGGCAGAGGGAGCCCAGCCGAUUCCUGAGGAACGCUGGCCAGCUAUUUGAGUGUCAUCUGCUGCCUCCCAUCGAUGUCAAGAUGACUAAGCUGGGAUUUUUGCGGUUGUCCUAUGAGAAGCAGGACACACUACUGAAGCUUCUCAUUCUGUCGAUGGCUGCUGUGUUAUCGUUCUCUACUCGUCUCUUUGCUGUCCUGAGAUUUGAAAGUGUCAUCCAUGAGUUUGACCCGUACUUUAAUUAUCGGACUACCCGGUUCCUGGCUGAGGAGGGAUUUUAUAAAUUUCAUAAUUGGUUUGAUGACCGAGCCUGGUAUCCUUUGGGACGAAUCAUUGGAGGAACAAUUUAUCCAGGCUUAAUGAUCACGUCUGCUGCAAUCUACCAUGUACUCCAUUUUUUCCACAUCACCAUCGACAUUCGGAAUGUCUGUGUGUUCCUGGCCCCUCUCUUCUCUUCCUUCACCACCAUCGUCACGUACCACCUUACCAAAGAGCUCAAGGAUGCAGGGGCUGGGCUUCUUGCUGCCGCCAUGAUUGCUGUAGUUCCUGGGUACAUCUCCCGAUCUGUGGCUGGCUCCUAUGAUAAUGAAGGGAUUGCCAUCUUCUGCAUGCUGCUCACCUACUACAUGUGGAUCAAAGCAGUAAAGACUGGUUCCAUCUAUUGGGCUGCCAAGUGUGCCCUUGCUUAUUUCUACAUGGUCUCUUCCUGGGGAGGCUAUGUGUUCUUGAUCAACUUGAUCCCUCUCCAUGUACUGGUGCUGAUGCUCACAGGACGCUUCUCCCACCGGAUCUAUGUGGCCUACUGUACUGUUUACUGCCUGGGCACCAUUCUUUCCAUGCAGAUCUCCUUUGUGGGUUUCCAGCCCGUCCUUUCGUCAGAGCACAUGGCGGCUUUUGGGGUCUUUGGUCUCUGCCAGAUCCAUGCCUUUGUGGAUUAUCUGCGCAGCAAGUUGAAUCCACAGCAGUUUGAAGUUCUUUUCCGAAGUGUCAUCUCCCUGGUAGGCUUUGUCCUUCUCACCGUGGGAGCGCUCCUCAUGCUGACAGGAAAAAUAUCUCCCUGGACUGGGCGUUUCUACUCACUGCUGGAUCCUUCUUAUGCUAAGAACAACAUCCCCAUCAUUGCUUCUGUGUCUGAGCAUCAGCCCACGACCUGGUCCUCAUACUAUUUUGACCUACAGCUUCUGGUCUUCAUGUUUCCAGUUGGUCUCUAUUACUGCUUUAGCAACCUGUCUGAUGCCCGGAUUUUCAUCAUCAUGUAUGGUGUGACCAGCAUGUACUUUUCAGCUGUCAUGGUGCGUCUCAUGCUAGUGUUGGCACCUGUAAUGUGCAUCCUUUCUGGCAUUGGAGUCUCCCAGGUGCUGUCCACUUACAUGAAGAAUCUGGACAUAAGUCGUCCAGACAAAAAGAGCAAGAAGCAACAGGAUUCUACCUACCCUAUUAAGAAUGAAGUGGCAAGUGGGAUGAUACUGGUCAUGGCUUUCUUUCUCAUCACCUACACCUUUCAUUCAACCUGGGUGACCAGUGAGGCCUACUCUUCUCCCUCCAUCGUGCUGUCUGCCCGUGGUGGCGAUGGCAGUAGGAUCAUUUUUGAUGACUUUCGAGAAGCAUACUAUUGGCUCCGUCACAAUACUCCAGAGGAUGCGAAGGUCAUGUCAUGGUGGGAUUAUGGUUACCAGAUUACGGCUAUGGCAAAUCGGACAAUUUUAGUGGACAAUAACACAUGGAAUAAUACCCAUAUUUCUCGAGUAGGACAGGCAAUGGCAUCCACAGAAGAAAAAGCCUAUGAGAUCAUGAGGGAGCUUGAUGUCAGCUAUGUGUUGGUCAUUUUUGGAGGCCUUACUGGGUAUUCCUCUGAUGAUAUCAAUAAGUUUCUGUGGAUGGUCCGCAUUGGAGGGAGCACCGACACAGGCAAACAUAUUAAGGAGCACGAUUAUUAUACUCCAACUGGGGAAUUCCGUGUGGAUCGUGAAGGUUCUCCAGUGCUGCUCAACUGCCUUAUGUACAAGAUGUGUUACUACCGUUUUGGACAGGUCUACACAGAAGCCAAGCGCCCACCAGGCUUUGACCGUGUCCGGAAUGCUGAGAUUGGGAAUAAAGACUUUGAACUUGAUGUCCUGGAGGAAGCAUAUACCACAGAACAUUGGCUAGUCAGGAUAUAUAAGGUAAAGGACCUGGAUAAUCGAGGCUUGUCACGGACAUAAAUGUUACAGCCAGCUCUGAUACGCUUCGCACUGAACGCGUCACGUUUAGGACGCUGAAGAUGUUUUUUAAAUAUGCAGUUUAUAAGAACAGAGCACGAUGGGAUUAGUAUUGUCUGGAAGUUUUGCCCUGGGCAGUAUGGGCUGGGCCAAAUGGAACGAUUUUUAUAAUUCUGAGCAGGUUACCAAAUGAAAUGUCAUGGCUUUACUUUGGUCAAUUAAAGGGGGGAACUUUUUUUUUUUAAAUGUGCCUUAUUUCUUUUGACUUAUGGCUGGUUUGAGAAAGGCAAAAGUUUGUGCUGGGCUGAUAGAAGGAGGGAAAGCAGACCUCGUCCAUGCUGUUAGCUUCCUAAUUGAACCCCGUGGGGGCAUUCUGUCUCUCUCAAAUCAGGAACACUAUCAAGGACUAGCUCAGAUCCUACACGUACAAAUAAUUUUGUCAUUUCAAAAAUCGUAGCACCUAGCACAAAGCCUUGCAUACGGUGGGUGCUCAGUAAACUUUUAUUAAAUAAAUAAAUGUUUGUGGAA